AACUUUUCUUCUUCUUCAGUUUUUUUCUGGUCUUUCGAGAUGAUCCACCUCACGUCAAGCUGCACGCGCCUUUUGGCCCGCUUCCGCCUCUCGCCGGAUGUUCUUCAGGCUCACCGUGCGGCGGGCCUCUCAGCGGUACCCCAACAAGGAGGCGGACCCUUGUACGAGUUCCGCACCUACCAAAUCCAUCCAGACCGAUGCUCCGCCUUCCUGAAGCUGACCAAUGAGAAGAUUCACCUCAGGACCGCCCACUCAGAGCUCAUUGGCUACUGGAGCGUCGAGUAUGGCGCCCUCAAUCAGGUCUUUCACAUUUGGAAGUACGAGUCGUUCAGCCAGCGCGCGGCGGUGCGUGCGGCGCUAGCCCGGGAUGAGCGCUGGAUCGAUGAGUAUGUGAGCCACGCCAUCCCCAUGCUCACGCGCCAGGACAACCAGGUCGCCGCCCUGCUGCCCUGGAGCCGUAUCAGCACACCACCGCGCCGCGGAGGCGUGUUUGAACUGGCCUCGUUCAGGACGCGUCCGGGCGUCGCUGCGCUUUGGGGCGCUGCCCUCCGAGAUGCCGUCGCCUCCCACGAUGCACCCGGACGCGCCCACCUGGUCGCCGCGUUCUCCGGCUGUGUCGGCCGGCUGGACACAGUUUACGCCCUCUGGUGGUUCGAGAGCGUCGACGAGCGCAGUCCAGCGGAAAGGGAUGCCGCAGUCCUGCGCAGUCUGGCCCAUGUGGAAUCCCGCGAAAACAGGGUCCUGUUCCCGUGUUCCUUCUCACCGCUCAAGUGAUUUUCCGUCAGCCGAUCGCAGCUUCGGGUUCGUCUUCGUUGAGCGGCGGCGUCCGAUCGCGCGGUGGUGAGCGGGGCUUGUUUUCUGUCACCAUGGAGACAGAAAAAAAACGUUUUGCUUCCAAAUAAACCUCUGGAACCAA